AAGCCAGCCUUAAUGUGAUGGAAACACCCUUGAACUUGGCGUCCAAAAGUCACAGGUUUCAGUCUCAGCUCUGUUAGUUUUACUGUGCUCUUGGACAGAGUUCACAAUGGCAACAAUAACCGUGACCACAGAAGUUCCCCCAAGGGGUAAGACAGAAGAUAAUUCUGCCUUGUAUGACUCCACAUCAGCUCACAUUAUUGAAGAAACCGAAUAUGUGAAAACGAUUCGUACUACUCUGGAAAAGAUCCGAAAUCAAAUGUUUAAAGAUGAAACAGGACAUAACAGUAUAAAGCACAGACUAGAUGCAAAGCGCUGUGGAAAUAUUCAAAACGGCUCUGACUCUGAAAUGGAUCCCUCCUGUUGCAGUCUGGAUCUGCUCAUGGAAAGGAUAAAAGGAAAAGACCUACAACUUUUAGAAAUGAGCAAAGAGAAUGAAGUAUUGAAAAUCAAGCUGGAAGCCUCCAGAGAAGCCGGGGCAGCGGCCCUGAGAAACACAGCCCAGAGAGUAUUUGAAAUCUAUCAAACACAGUCUGAAGAAGUCAGAAAUAAGCACGAGGACAGUAAACACUUACUCCAGGUUGCCAAACUUGAAAAAGAGCAGAAAUUGAAACAACAGGUUGAAAAUCUGAAUCAAGUUGCUGAAAAGCUUGAAGAAAAGCAUAAUCAAAUCACAUCUUUGGAGAACCUUGUACAGAGAAUGGAAAAGGAAAAGAGAACACUGCUAGAAAGAAAGCUGUCUUUGGAAAACAAGCUUCUGCAACUCAAAUCCAAUGCUACGAAUGCAAAAAGUUGCCAGAAUCUUCACAUGGAGAUUUCCCUUCUCCAGGAGCAGAUCUCUCAUCUGCAGUUCGUGAUUCACUCCCAACAUCAGAACCUGCGCGGUGUCAUCCAGGAGAUGGAAGGAUUAAAGAAUAAUUUAAAAGAACAAGAUAAAAGAAUUGAAAACCUGAAAGAAAAAGUUAGCACACUUGAAGCCCAGAAUAAAGAACUGAAAACCAAGGUGGCACUUUGGUCUGAAACUCCUAGGACAAUGGUAUCCAAGGCCAUCUCUACAAGUGAAUUGAAGACUGAAGGCAGUACCCCCUAUGUGAUGUUGAUUAGGCUACGGAAAUGAGCUGGCUGGCUGAAGGUCUGAAUGACAAUGGUCAUUAUGUGGGUCUUAUUUAUUCCUGCAAACAGUCUAAAUUUGCAUGUUACAGUGGCUCCCCCAGAUUAGGUGGCAUAUUUUAUACAUCAGUAGCUGUAGAAGAAGACGACAUUCCAGAAAAUCAAACCAGUAUGCAUUUGAUGGGGGAAACUCUUUCUUUAAAACUUACUAAAUGGGUGAGGAGACCAGGUACUUUCCCAUGAUGCAACAUGAAUUCUUUAAAGUUAAAAAAGAAAUCUGAAUCUUUUUUGUAGACUUUUGCUGAAAGGAAUGGUUUGAUGUUGUCAACUCUGACCUUUUGAUAGUGUUUUUUAUGUAUAUAAAUAAGAAGGAAGAGUGUAUAUGCGUAUGAAUAAAGUUUACAUGUAAAUUUGA